CAUAUUCUUAUCAGUUGUUAUGCGGACAAAACUCUGAUUAAAAAUCUCAUAAUAAAUGCGAAUAAUUGAGAGUGCAGGAAUUCACUUUGUAGGAAGAUGAAACCAGCAAGCAUCGUCUACGUGUCUUUUUGUUCGCUAGUGUUGCUUUAUGUUGUCACCGGACAAAGCCAUGGGCAAGAUUCCGUCGGAGACAAUAACCAGGCGAAAAAGCUCUUUCUGCUCUCAGAUUUCGACAACAACACGGUUCUCACUGUAGAUGAGUUUGACCACGUGUUCAGAGACUUCGAUAACAACACGGACAAUCAUGUCAGAUCAAGGGAAUUUCUCGACGUCUGGCAAGAGAAGGACCUUGGUACGCUCUCAGAGGGUUUAGAGCUGUUCCUCAACCUAGAUGUGAACAAGGACUUUGUGAUUGACCCGCAGGAUGUGGCAUUCAUCUUCUCUUGGUUUGAUAGUAACGAUGACGGAGAUAUAGAUGAGCAAGAGUUUGUGUCGACUUUGAUUAAAGUGUACUCUUCCAAAUAAAACACUUUUUCAACCAUA